UAAGGACGCGGAAAUGCCCGCAGGACGUGCAAAUGUUUGCCGCGCGGCAAGAAGCAACACGUAGCAUGAAGUCACAGAGAAAGGGGGACGAGAUAAAAACUGUGCCUGGUUUUGAUUGGUUUUUACUAUGCGCAAGCGCAUAUAGUACCGUCUUCGCGUCUAUGUCAGUGUACACUAAUGUCUGAGCAGGUGAGGAGGUUAACAAGUAUUGUCUUAUUGUUUAUUGUUCAUAAAUCGUUGAAGUAAUGGUGCAGUGUUGUGUUCCUUGUGCAAAAGCAGAUCGGACUGCCAAAAUUGGAAAAAAACACGCGCAAAAUGAGAGAAAAAUCACGUUUCAUAGUAUUCCAAAAGAUGAUAUGCUUCGCAAGUGUUGGCUUGAUAUAUUACAUAUUAAAUCAAUAUCGAAUUCAGCCCGCGUUUGCUCCUUGCACUUUGACAAAGAGUCAUUUACUAACAGUGGCUCUAUAAGUACAAUGAAGCGGAAUGCAUUGCGAAGACAGAAAGAACAAGAACCUUUAACUUCUGUUAAUAUGGAGGUGAAUAAGGAAAAUAUAAAAGUGGAAUCAGAGGUGAUAGAUAUAUAUGAUAAUGCUAAUACUUAUGAAAGAGAGUCAUGUAAACCAUUGACUGCAGACAAGGGGACAAUGGUGUCACCUGAAAUGAUUUAUGAUUCUCCAGAAAAAAAUAGAUUAAGAAAAAGAAUACAAUAUUUGGAAUAAUAAAAAAGUAAAAAGGUGAAAGUCACGCAGCAAAAAUUACGAAGGAAAGAAAAAGAAGUCUUUUCUUUAAAAGAAAUCUUGCAUUUAUUAAAGAGCAAGCAACUUUUAAAUAAAACACUAGCGGAGAUGAUGGAAAUGCUAGGUGGUACAAAUGGUGAUACAUGGAAUGAUCAUAAAAUGGGAAUAUAUUAGAUUACAUACUAUCCAAGAAAACGAAGGAUUACGCUUAGGGAAUAAGUUAAACAGUAGUCAUAUAAAUUAUUUCAGAAAAGAGAGAAAUGAAAGUACGUCUGGCUGCUCAACUUUUCAGUACAUCUUUAGCACACUCAUUUUUAUUUUGUAAAAAUACCUUAAAACUAGAAGAAUUUAAGAAAUGUGCAGCAACUGCUGAAUUUUUAUUAUUAUUUAAUGAUUUGUUUGACAUUUUAAUCUCAAAGAAUUUAAGAUUAAACAACAUGGCUUAAAAAAAGCUGCAUCAGUUACUAAUAUAGAACUAAUUAAAAAUAAACUUAAAUAUUACAAGGAAUACAUUUCUUUGUUAAAAACUGAAUGUGGAGAAUAACUUAUUACAUCGCAGAGAAAAACUGGUUUCAAAGGUUUCAAAGGUUUUUUUUUUAUAUGAAGAGCGCUUUAAGUUUAUAUGACGAGCUAUGCGGACAUUAAAAAUUAUUAAAAUAUGUGCCUAACUAUAAAAUAAAUCAGGAUCAUAUCGAGUUACUUUUUUCAUCAUUUCGACGACAUGGAGGAUGUAACAAUAAUCCCACUGCUAGGCAGUUAAAAGCUACUUUUAAAAAGAUAGUGGACGUCGAUAUAAAGAAUGAUAAUACCGCUAAUUGUAUCUUAUUAGAAGAAAUUGCUAUAUUACACGUAUCAUCUGCCGGCAAAACACAGAAUUAAUGUUAUUAACAAAAAUUGCCGUUUACAUAAAUUAUAUAGUGAGGCAACAUCCCUUAAUGAUAAUGUUGAAUCAAAUAUAUAAUUUUAAUACCGUCCAUGACUAUAUGUACUGCCCAACGCAGAUUACAGAAUAUUCUGAAUAUGUAAUUGAAUAUAUUGCAGGAUAUAUUCUCAUGCAACUGCAAACAAUUUUAUUCUACGAACCGUGCAAAGAUGCAUUGAUAGGAAUUAAUAGUACUAAAAAUAAUUUAGUUUCUACCAAAAGUUUUGUAGGUUUAGUACAACCUUCAGUAGAUGUUAUACGCAUAGGCCAACAAUGCGAGAAAAUAUUGUAUUGCGCUGUUAAUUCUAACAUACCAUGAAACGCAAAUGAUAUUUGUUUUGCCGUACUAGAAUAUUUUUCAAAUACUGAUAUAUUUAAAUAUCUCGAAAAUCAUACAUGUCAUCAAAUGAUAAUGGAAAAUCAUGCAAUACAUUUAUUGCAAACCAUAUCUCAAAAAUAUGUUAAAAUUAUAUUGCACCAUUAUGCGGCUACUAUAAAAGAUAAAUCGAACAGCAAUGGACAGUUUUUAAAUAAGUUAAUAUUAUUUAAAAGUAAUUAAUAUAUAUAUUUAAUUAUGUAUGUGUGUUUCAAAU